CGAGGUGGGCGGGGAGGUCAGGUGACCCGGCUGGCGUCCCAAAAUGGCGGCGGCGGUGGUGCCCGGAAGGCCGCGGCGGCGUCCGGACUACUGAGGCGGGCUCCGCGUGGCUGGCAGCGGGCUGGCCGAGCCCAGGGCCGGAGGACGGGCGGCCGCGGCCUCUGGGCUCCUCGCGGCUGGGGCUGGGCCGUGUGGCGGCGGCGGCGCCGGGGGAUGUUCGUGUUGGACCCGGCCUCUCCCUCCUCAACUUAGGGCGGCGGCUGGCUCGGGCCCUGGCUCCCGGGCCAUGGCGCUAAGGGAACUCAAAGUGUGUCUGUUGGGGGAUACAGGUGUAGGUAAAUCAAGUAUUGUGUGGCGAUUUGUGGAAGACAGUUUUGAUCCAAACAUCAACCCAACAAUAGGGGCAUCUUUUAUGACCAAGACUGUCCAGUACCAAAAUGAGCUACAUAAAUUCCUAAUCUGGGAUACAGCUGGACAAGAACGAUUUCGUGCCUUAGCACCAAUGUACUAUCGAGGAUCAGCUGCAGCUAUAAUCGUCUAUGAUAUCACAAAAGAAGAGACAUUUUCAACAUUAAAGAAUUGGGUAAAAGAGCUUCGACAGCAUGGCCCACCUAAUAUUGUAGUUGCCAUUGCAGGAAAUAAGUGUGAUCUUAUUGAUGUGAGAGAAGUCAUGGAGAGAGAUGCUAAGGACUACGCCGACUCCAUUCAUGCAAUUUUUGUAGAGACCAGCGCAAAAAACGCGAUAAACAUAAAUGAACUCUUUAUAGAAAUUAGUCGAAGAAUCCCAUCCACUGACGCCAACCCGCCAUCUGGAGGUAAGGGCUUCAAACUUCGAAGACAGCCUGCAGAGCCAAAGCGGGGCUGCUGUUGACUGAGCAAGCCUCAGCCUCGGAGACGACGAUGAAGUAGGUGGUCCUGAAAGUUAACUGGAGGGCUGGGGUCCCUGCCACCAGUUUCACCUAGCUGGUCUUGAGUCUUCUUCAUGCAAAAAGGAUUCAUGGAAAUUGACCGGCUCUGUUCUCUCUUUGAAGACAGCAGCAAUAUUUCAGUCUGUGGACUUGUGUUAUGUAAAGAAUUUCUGGUAUACAAAAGGGACUACAUCAUUGGCUUUUGACCUUACUGAAAAGGAACGUAUAAUUGUUUGGCUGGUAGAAUUAAAUUGUUGAGUAGUUUUGUAAUCAAGAUUGUAUGUAACAUUUGUAAAGAGAAAAUUAGCACUUUCGUGGUUAGGGAGGGAAAAAAAGAUCUUGUGGAGAUUGUAAUUUCCUUAGUUUCUGUUACCACUGUUAGAGGGGGUUCUAUCAUUUAAACGUGGUAGGAUAUCAUAAGUAGAGAGAUGGCAAUUAUUUGAAGCUAAAAUGGGUUGUUUAUAGGACUGAUGGAAACAAUUUCAUCUCUGCCAUCUCUAAAGCACUUUUCAUUGCAUAUAUUAGCCUAGGAUACCUACAGUGAAUUAGCAGUGAUAACAGUAGAUGCCCAGCUCACCUUGGGCUCCCUCUGACCCCGUCGUGUAUGUGUCAUCAAGCACAUUAUUGGCACCUUUUUACAUAAGCUCUUACGAUAGGGAUGGUAGAGAAGCUGCCUGAAAUAAAUUGAAUUGCAUAUGUUCUGAGUUGACUAGUCCAUAGUUUUAAAGAGGAAGAAGAGAAAAAGUAAAGAAAGUGUAUAAAUGCUCUCAGUUAUUUAACCCAAGUAUUUUAGUGGGAAAAACAAUUAUCUGUUGCUUAGUGUAUGUAAAGUUGUAGCCUGUAUUUAUGAGACCAUUACUUAAAAGAUUAUAAAUUAUGUAAAUACAUUAAUAAAUUCUAAAGUUUCAUUCAACAUUCCAUUUAAUCUUGCACCCAGUCUUGCACACGCCCACCCACUUUUAAGCCUGUCCACGGGAGAUUCUGAAACACGUCCGUCAGCUUACGGUCUUCUAACGAUUCCUCUGACUUCCUUUCACUCACCCCUCUUCCCUCCAGAUCCCAUCUGGAAAUCAUCAUAAAGACAUAUGGCACUUUGACAAGCUUGACUAGUCCUUAUUAGCCUUGGGGUAAAAGAUUAAGCUCCUGCUCAAGUCAUUUACCUGAUCCUGGUAGUCAGUUUCUUUUAGCUUUUACAGCAACUUCAGCCCAACUGUUUUAAGCGAGUUUUCCUUGUUAACAAUUUAGCUUAUCUUUCCCUUCCUUUAUUGUCCCCUGCCUCUGUUAGUGGUUAACACUCUUUUCCCUCAGGGAGCCUAAUGAGGUUUUUAAUAUAAUCUAAAAAUAAAGCACUGAAGUGAAGUUGGUGAAAAUUUGUUCCUGGUCUAAUUUGGCACCCUUCCAACCUGGGCAUUGUAAGAGAAGGAAAUUUACAAGAUUAAAUAGGAAAUGAAACAGCUUGAAUUUCAAACUAAAUUGUGUUUUCAGAGCUAUCCUUAAACUGAACAGUCGAAACUUUUAAAAAUAAUUGUUAUUUCUUUGUGCACACCCCACUCAAUAUGUAUAGAUUUUAUUGGGAAAAUUAUAACUCAGAUUAAGUAAAAGAUGAUUCCCUUUUCCCUGUUGUA